CGCGCCUCCCCCCAACUCGUCCAGAGUUAGUUGUAGCUAUAGACCUGGUUGUUGUAGCGCACGCAGUAGCCAUAGGAAAUGCGGCUGCUUGCUGCCAAGAUGAGUGGCGGCGCCAAGGCCUACGCCGCCGUCGUCCUGAUCAGGAUCAUGUACUCCGGCAUGCACGUCAUGAGCAAGGUGGCCCUGGAUCAGGGCAUGAACCCGCUGGUGUUCCUGUUCUACCGGCAUACCACUGCCGCGCUCGUUCUCAUCCCUGUCACCUUUGUUGUCGAGAGGCGGAAAGCUAAGCCGGUUACGUUCAAGAUUGGAUGGAAGAUGUUCAUACAUGCCCUCUAUGGGGUGACAGCAUGCGGUGACUUGUUUAACCUUGGACUCAACUACACUUCUGCUACGUCAUCUUCAGCGUUGUACAACGUUCAACCGGUGGUCACAUUCAUCCUAGCCGUCAUAUUUGGGAUGGAGACUCUGAAACUGACUCGGUUCCAUGGCAAAGUGAAAUUCGCGGGCAUCCUGUUCUGCGUCGCCGGCGUCACCAUCCUGGCCUUCUACGAGGGCCCGAUGUUCAGGUCCUUCAACCACCACCAUCUGUUUCAGAACGGCGGCGGCGGCGGCGGUAGCUCUGCAGCAGGAGCAGGAGACACGCACUCCAAGAAGCAGUGGGUGCUGGGGAUCUUCCUCAUGACACUAUCCAACGUUCUAGCAGGCCUGUGGACAGUGCUCCAGGGGCCUCUGAUAGAGGACACGUCGAAGCUGAUGAACACGACGCUGCAGAUCUCGUGGGCGUCGCUCCAGGCCUUCCUGGUGGCCGUUGCGGUGGAGAGGGACUUCUCCAAGUGGAGGCUGGGCUGGAACGUCGGCCUCGCUGCCAUAAUCUACAGCGGCGUGAUCGUGACGGCGCUUUCCUACUACAUGCAAAUGUGGACGAUCGCCAAGAGGGGCCCGGUGUUCCUGGCCAUGUCCAUGCCGCUCACCUUCGUCUUCACCAUCGUCAUAUCCUCCUUCGUCAUAGGGGACGCAGUCAGCCUAGGAAGCAUCUUUGCCGGGGCGUUACUGGUUGGAGGCCUGUACAAUGUGUUCUGGGGCAAGAGCAUCGAGGAGCGAGACGACGACGACCUGAUGAACAAGAUCAGCGGCCCGGGAAAAGCCGGGCUGGACAAGGCGGCGGACAAUAAUCCGGCGUCGUCGUCCCAAGUGCCGGAUGACGGUGCGGAGGCAAAGGUCUAAUCCAGCCUCUUUCAUCAGUCAGCCAGAGACGGGAACGAUCGAUCAUCGAUCUGCGUCAAAAGCUAGGCGGCCAGCAGGGGCCAAAGCCAAGCCACUGGUUAAUUUAUUUCAGGGUGCUGGGAAACAAAACAACGAGGAACGGAGCACACGUAUUGUGAUUUGUGAAUGUGACGUGACGUGAUCGAUAUGCAGGUCUACUCACCGGCCGGCCGGCCGGACUCGUGUGGCACACGCACGCUGUAAAUUUGGUCUCGGAUUUUAAAAAAAAA